CUGUCCUAUUUGCUGUUUUAGGAGCUGUGGUUGAAAUGGAAGGCUGAGGAGCUCAACCUUAUGUUGGAAGUCUACAUAUGGACACUAAUCCUUGAGUGGAAACACAAUGAAAAUGCUUCCUGGAGUGGGUGUGUUUGGGACUGGCAGCACUGCCCGGGUAUUGGUACCUUUGUUGAAAGCAGAGGGUUUCUCCAUCAAAGCACUGUGGGGCAAGACUGAAGAGGAAGCAAAGCAGCUAGCGGAGGAAAUGAACAUUGAGUUCUACACAAGUCGCACUGAUGAUGUCUUGCUGCACCAAGAUGUGGAUUUGGUUUGCAUCAACAUCCCUCCACCACUAACUCGGCAAAUUGCUGUGAAAGCUUUAGGUAUUGGGAAGAAUGUGAUCUGUGAGAAAUCUGCUACCUCGGUGGAUGCCUUCAGGAUGGUCACUGCUGCCAGAUAUUAUCCCAAGCUGAUGAGCAUCGUUGGCAAUGGCCUCCGUUUCUUGCCUGCCUUUGUGAAAAUGAAGCAGUUAAUAGAAGAACACUACGUCGGCACUGUGAUGAUCUGCGAUGUGCGAGUGUUCUGGGGGAGCCUGCUCCACCACAAGUACAACUGGAGCUGUGACGAGCUCAUGGGAGGAGGGGGCCUGCACACAAUGGGCACCUACAUUGUAGACCUCUUAACGCAUCUCACCGGCCAGAAGGCAGAGAAGGUCCAUGGCUUGCUUAAGACUUUUGUGAAGCAGAACGCGGCAAUCAGCGGAAUCCGCCAUGUCACCAGUGACGACUUCUGCUUUUUUCAGAUGCUCAUGACCGGCGGUGUCUGUAGCACGGUGACUCUCAACUUUAACAUGCCUGGAUCGUUUGUUCACGAAGUCAUGAUUGUCGGGUCCACAGGUCGCCUGAUCGCUCGUGGUACAGACUUGUAUGGGCAGAAGAACACAGCACCCCAAGAGGAACUACUGCUCGCAGAUCCCCUGACCAUCAACACAGGCCUUCUGGACAAGGGGUUUCAGGAGAUCCCCUUGCUGUACCUGAAAGGAAUGGUGUACAUGGUGCAAGCAUUGCGCCUGUCUUUCCAAGACCAGGAAGACAGUCGGACAUGGGAUCACAAGCCAGUCUCCAUGGCAGCCUCCUUUGAGGACGGCCUCUAUAUGCAAAGUGUAGUCGAUGCCAUUAAGAAAUCCAACCGGUCUGGGGAGUGGGAAACGGUGGAAGUAAUGACUGAGGGACCAGAUGCCAACCAAAACCUAUGUGAGGCGCUUCAGAGAAAUAACCUGUAAAUGUGAACAUUCCUGGUGUUUGUUAUAGGGGAAAAGAAAAUUGAAAAUGUCCGGACAUAGCUAGAGAAGUUUCUUGGUUUGUAGGUUCUUAUUUAAUACUUUUUUGGGAGGGAGAGGGCUGUUGUGUGUUUUGUUUUGGGGUGUGUUUGGGUUUUUUUUUUUUUUUUUAAAGCAUCAGCGUCUGAUGAAACUGUUCCUUCCUGGGUAGAGCGUUCUGUUUUUAAACUCAUUUAGAGAGUUUUAAAUGUUUCUGGGGUUUUGUAGUUGGGUUUUUAAAGCUGAAUUUCUGCUUUGCAGAUUGUUAGGAAAACUUGAAUUGCCCUUUGCACUUGCAGUAGCUAAAGCCAAGUGAGGGAUCUUUUUGCCAUUGGAUUGUGGGGAGACAGGACACAGUCUCUUGCACAGAGUUCAAGUUUAUUUUUACAAUUUUAAUCUGAGAGCAAGUAGACCAGGAUCAGGGAGCAUGUACAGCUCAGCUGUUCUUGCACUUCUUGCUAACAGGACUCUCACCAACACAUUUUUUAGGUUUAGUCUUCAGCUUGUAAAACUUUAUUAAAGAAAAGUGUAAUAAUAUGGCCCAUCUCUAGACUCGAGUACGAAGAAGAAUGGAGGGGACAGGACAAAAGUCUGUAAGAUACAGAUCAGGCGUAGUGUUCUGCAUGUAGUGCGUAUGCUAAAUGUUUCACAUUAGUUUAAAUUGGUUUCUAAUUACCCCCUGGGUUCUCCAUUGAUAUUAUUGACAGAAGUGUUUGCAGCUAUCAUUGGACAAGUUGGAACGCUGAGUAUUUCAGCUGUUUAGUCUGGGUGCCUCUGUAGCAAAUAUUUAGGCGACUAAUACCUCACAGCAACUUUUUUCCCACAACUUCCCACCCCCAGCCUAAUUGUGAAUUGUGUUCACUGCCUGUCCACCAAAUCCACAUCAGUGUUUCCAGUCCUACCUGAUGAGUAAAGCCCCCAGUAGCUCCCCAGUUGUGCAUCUGGAUUUGUUAAUGUCCCUGUUUGUUUGAUGAUGAGACUGGAAGACAUUUAAGCCUUCUAGGCACUUGAACUUGGAUGAAAAAGUAGGAAAUAUCCCAUUACCAUACACUCUUCCAUACUGACAAAGGUAUCACACGUGCUCUGCUAGCUAAAGAAAACGGUGAGUGAAUCCUUAGGCAGUGACAGCCUUUGGUUUGGCUAAAUCAUGAACACUGGAUAAUGUUACCCUGCUACAGAAACACAUCUUAUAAUUUUAUACUCAGUGGGGAUAAUUUGUGCUGCUGGUGGAUCUUGAAUGAAUUUCCAUUCCACCCCAGAAGUAUGUUCGUUAGGUUGUCAUUGAGGAAGAGAGAUUUUUUUUUUAUUGAAUUUAUCUUGUUUACUUGAAUGUUUUAAUGUUUCCCCACUAGGUUUUAUUCCUGCAUAUUUAUACAAAGCAUUAACAUGCAAACGUUACCUUUUCAUAAAAUGGUCCUUUCUGAAAAUUGUCUCGUUUUCUACAAAAAUAAACAUUUACGUUGACGGAG